AUGGAGGCAUCAAGCAAGGCCGGCGACAGAGCGCGCCCACAGGGCAAGGCGGUGCCGACGCCAGCCCAGGCCCGCGAGAGGGAGCCGGUGGUGGCCACGCCGCUUCGGAGGCGCUCAGUGUCGCCAGUCCCCGGCAGCCCACAGACAAGGCAGCUAGGACACGAACAGCCGCCGAAUGUGGAGACCAAGGAGAAGUUGCACAUGUCAGCUGCGCAGAAGUUCGGCCUUCUCGCGGGAGUGGCCAUGCUGGCCUUUGCCUGCCUUCGGCCCUCGAAGCCGGUGUCGAAGCCGGAGGCUGCCAGCACAUCCCGCUUCACCGCAGAGCCUGAGCCAGAGGCUGUGCCAAGCCUUGUGUCGCUGACCAAGCGCGCUCUGGAUUGCCCCAACUCCCGUGCGGACGUGCUCGAUGUCCUCGCAGGAGCGCCGUACGAGUUCAGCACAGAAGAGAAUCAGGAGGGCUUCUUCCGCCUGCCGCAUCUGGCGGCCGCCGCCGCGCGGGGGAAGGAUCUCUGGGGCCUGGCCGGAGGUUCUGGUGGAUUCUGGGAAGCCGGAGUUGCCAGACUCAGACCUGAGACGGCCAUGUCACCGUGCCGGCCGGCACCGGUCCGGCCCGCCUCAAAGUCAGCCGGCUUCAAGCGGAUGAGGUCCUGGCAUGAGGCGGGGCGCUCGGCCAGCGACUUGACCGCUCAGCCCGGCCUCUGCCGCUUCGCUUUCAGCUCAGAUGUGGGGGCGCUCGUGCGCUGCCGCAUCGACCAGCUCCUGCCGAGAUCGCAGGCUGAGGAUUUGAUCGGAGAUGAGCCGCUGGACAUUGAGGUGGACCUGUUGCUUGACGGCAGGGUCGUUUGCACGAGCCAAUCUUCCAAAGCAGUCGGCGCAUCCCCAGAGCAAGGCGCUUUCAGACAGCAGCAGUUCGUCUUUGCCAUCAAGGUGCGGGACCUCCCCGUGGAGAGCCACUUUUCCUUCCGCCUGCGGAGCGCUCAGGACGGCUUGCCGAGCCUGCGGCGCGGGGUCCUCCCGCUCUUCAACGACCGGGGCGUGCUGCGCCAAGGCCGGCGCCUCGUCGCUCUGCUGCCUGAGGAUGGCUCUACGCCCAGCGACGGCUCUGCCCCCUGGGUGGGAGCUGAAAUCGGCGGUGCCCUGGACUCCAACGAGGCAGCAGUGCGCUGGGUCCAAGCCACCGCGGCGCCGGGCGCCCAGGCGGCCGCCCAGGAACUGGCCGAGGCGCUUCGGAUGGAGGAGGCCUUGGAGCUGAGGAGACGAGGCUGGAUACCAUCGAGCCAAGGAGAGGAGGCCUUCGCAGGAGCUGCCCGCACCGUCUUGGAGAACAGUGGCCUGCCCUGGCUUUGCAUCCAGCUGCCCGAGUUCCAACAUCCCGUGGUCUUUGCGGAGCCGCAGUAUGGCCAAGACAUUGAGCUUCCACCGGGUGUUCUGGCUGCGUCCCGUGCGCAGGAAGUGGAUCAAAGAGACUUGGAUGCUCUGCAAGAUGGCACGUGGCUGCUCCGGCCGCUGCGUGCACCGGAUCCCGUCCCGUCGGUACCUGUGCCACUGGCUGCACAAGGACGAAGCUUCAAAUGCUUCAUCGACCAUGGCGCGUUGGACCACCCGGCGCUGCAGAAGAGUCUGCGCCUGGGCCGCUCCUCGCGGGCCAUGGUCAAGGACAAGGAUGUGCGGCCCAGCGCAGAGCAGCUGAAGCGGCUAGCGGAGGUGGUCCGCCGGCCGCGACGCCAUCUCAGUUCCGAGGAGAAGGACUUGCUCUUCCGCUUCCGCUGGAGCCUGACGGACCAACCUGGCGCCCUCACCAAGUUUCUUCAUGCUGUGGAGUGGCGAGACAUGGAGGAGAGAAACCACGCCAUCGAGUUGCUGGGCCACUGGAGCCCGGUGGAUAUCGAUGAUGCACUGGAGCUCCUUAGCAAGGACUUCCAGGGCCUGCUAGAGGUACGGCGCCACGCCGUGCAGCGGCUGGAAACCGCCAGCGAUGCAGACUUGCAGCUGUACUUGUUGCAGUUGGUGCAGGCGCUGCGUUACGAACCUGAGGUGGAUGAGGGCGGGCAGGCUCUGGCCGGGUUCCUGAUCCGGCGAGCUGUGAACUGCACAUCCUUGGCCACCCUGCUGUACUGGUACGUCGUGGCGGAGAUUGACGAGGGCGAGUCCGGUGGGCAUUUCGACAUGGUCCGGCAGCAGCUGCUUGCAGCGCUGGAGAACUCGCCUGGCGGCACGGCGCCCCUGAUGCAGCAGGUGAUGCUGCGAAAGAAGCUCCUUUGGGCUCUGCAGUUUGCGAAGGCGAAGCGAGACCGGAUCGAGAAGAAGAUUGAGCGUUUUCGCCAAGCUCUGGUGUCAACCGACCCGCCGGGGGAGGGAUCUGAGGGCAUGGACCUGGUGCGUGGGUUGAAAGCGGGCAUCCCGUUGCCAGUGGAUCCCUCCCUGUCUCUGGUUGGAGUGCUGCCUGAGGAGUGCUCCCUGCUGAAGUCGGCCAUGAGCCCCGGAGUGCUGGCCUGCCAGGUCCGGCAAUCGCAGGACCCCCAUGGCAAGGUGAGCAUCAAAAAGGUCAUGGUGAAGGAAGGUGACGACCUGCGGCAAGACCAGCUGGUCCUUCAGCUCAUCAUCCUAAUGGAUUCGAUCCUGAAGAGAUACGGCCUGGACCUGCAACUCACGCCGUACCAGGUCAUUGCACUCUCCCGCAACGACGGCAUGGUGGACUUUGUUCCAAACUCCGCCAACCUGUCGAAAGUGCUGAAAGAGCACAACAACGACAUCCAGCAGUUCUUCCGCACCCAUCAUCCAGCCAAGGCUUCCGGAAAGGAGGACCAGCCGGCCUGGGGACCUCAGAACUCCUAUGGCAUCAAGGCGGAGGUGCUCGAGAACUUUGUGCGCAGCUGCGCCGGCUACUGCGUCAUCACUUACAUCCUGGGCAUUGGAGAUCGCCAUCUUGACAACUUGAUGGUCACAAAGGACGGCCGGCUCUUCCACAUCGAUUUCGGCUUCAUCCUGGGCAAGGAUCCCAAGCCCUUCCCUCCACCCAUGCGAAUUUGCAAGGAGAUGGUGGAAGGCAUGGGCGGCAACUCCUCCCCUGGCUACCAGUCCUUCAAAUCCAAAUGUUGUCAGGCCUUCAAGAUUUUGAGGCGCCACUCCAAGCUCAUCAUCAACCUUUUGUACUUGAUGACAGAUUCUGGGAUCAAGGACAUUUGCAGUGAUCCUCAGUUUGCCAUCCUCAAGGUUGAGCAGAAGUUUCAGGCCCUGAUGGAUGACGAGCAGGCCGAGGAGCAUUUCCUCAACCUGAUCGACGAGUCCGUCAGCGCGCUGAUGCCGGUGCUCAUGGAAUUUGGACACAAGAUCUCCAUCGCCAUGCAGCACGCCACUGUACAGCUCUUCAGCUUCACCCUGGACCGCUCCGAGGAGGAAUUGCGCAAGGUGGUGCUGCAGAUGGCCGCCACGGGGGGCGGCUGGCCGGCCGCUGUGCGAGAGCGGCUGAUGAUGGCGCUGCGCGCCCCCUGCGAGGCGACCGCGUGCUCCCCGCCCCUCGCCUUAGAGGUGGACGAGCGCUACACUGCAGCGCGCGCCACCAGCAGCGGCUCGUUGCACCAGGCUUUACUCAGCCUUGGCGCCAUGACUGGCAUCCCCUUGCUCCGAGAACGGGCCGAGCUUUACCGCUCUCAGCCGGCAUCAGUGAUCCUCAGCAGCUCCGGCAUCACACAAUCCAGGGACUGCUUCGCCUUCCGCGGCCCCAACGCUUCUGUGGCCCUGCGCCUGCGCCCGGGCCAAGUUGCCCGCCAGUUGGUCAUCGAACAGCCUCCGCGCUGGGCGGCGCGGCGGGUCAAGACGAUGCCCCGUCGCUUCGCCGUCUUCGGCGCCAAGGAGGACUCCCGGUGGACCAACCCGUACAGCGAGUUCCUGGGUCACUUUGAGUACGUCGCUGCAGGUCCCGCAGUGCAGGCCUUCGAGCUGCCAUCCACGCCGCUAGAGGGCCUCCGAGUAGUCUUCGCAGGACCUGAGUGGGGCGAGAGCUACAUUUGCCUCUACCGCUUGAAGGUCUUUGAGGACACCGCUUGCAGCGGCGGCCGCGUCGCCUCUGCGAUUCCAAGGAUGCCGGAGACAUCGGACUAA